AUGGGUUUCGGUGCUCCUAGAGGAGGUGGUCGCGGCGGUGCCCGUGGUGGCCGUGGUGCGCCUCGGGGUGGUGGUGGUCGCGGUGGCAGAGGCGGCUUUGGAGACCGUGGUGGUCGCGGCGGUGGCCGUGGUGGUGGUCGUGGACGCGGUGGCAGAGGCGGCUUUGGAGACCGUGGAGGCCGUGGUGGCCGUGGUGGUGGCCGCGGCGGUGCCAGCGGUGCCAGGGGUGGUGCCAAGGUCAUCAUUGAGCCCCAUCGUCACGCUGGUGUCUUUGUUGCCCGUGGCGGUAAGGAAGAUCUGCUCGUCACCAAGAACUUGACUCCUGGCGAGUCCGUCUAUGGUGAGAAGCGCAUUGCUGUCGAGGGUCCCGCCACUGAGGAUGGCGCCGUUACCAAGACCGAGUACCGUGUUUGGAAUCCUUUCCGUUCCAAGAUGGCUGCCGGUAUCCUCGGUGGUCUUGAUGAAAUCUACAUGAAGCCUGGCUCCAAGGUUCUGUACCUGGGUUCCGCCAGCGGUACCUCCGUCAGUCACGUCGCUGAUAUUGUCGGCCCCACUGGAAACGUCUACGCUGUUGAAUUCUCUCACCGUUCCGGUCGUGACCUGAUCGGCAUGGCUACUCACCGCACCAACGUUAUCCCCAUCGUCGAGGACGCCAGACACCCUCUCCGCUACCGUAUGCUCGUCCCCAUGGUCGAUGUCAUCUUCGCCGAUGUUGCCCAGCCCGAUCAGGCUCGUAUCGUCGGUCUGAACGCUCACAUGUUCCUGAAGAACGAGGGUGGUGUCAUUGUCUCCGUCAAGGCCAACUGUAUCGACAGUACCGCCAAGCCCGAGGUUGUGUUCGCCCGUGAGGUCCAGAAGAUGAGAGAAGAGAAGAUCAAGCCCAAGGAACAGCUGACUCUGGAGCCUUUCGAACGUGAUCACUGUAUAGUGUCUGGUAUCUACAAGCGUUCUGCAUAA